GUUGUUGCUCGUCGUUGCCUCUCACAGCUCAUCUCCUUCUCCUCCAGAAGGGACACAACAGAUCCUCCCUCUAUCUUUCUUUUCACUCUUCUCUUUUUUCUCUUUUUCUUAUUCAAUUUUGGUGUUUGAGAUUGUGAUUUUGGAAGACAAAGGAGCCUACUGCAGACAAAGGAAUCCCUACUGCUAUUCAUCUCAAAUGAGUUUUAUAUUAAACUCAAAUGAGUAUACACAUAAAAGAAAUGAACAUACACAAUUGAGCAUUAAGCACAUUAAAAAUGAGUUUUAUAUUGAACUCAGAUGAGUAUACACCUCAA